UGCUCUUCGCUGCUCUUUACCGAACAUGCUAUUGGGUCCUGACGUGACGCUCAUCUUACUUUUUUGCUGGACGGCAGCAAAACCGAGUCUUGUCAGUCAUCUGAGCAGAUCCGCCGGCUCGACUCUGAGUUGAACACUCGGCAAUCGCAACCCCUCAGCAGCCUGACAAUUGCGCAUCUCCAUGUACUCCCACAAGAAGCGAAUGUACGCUGCGCGGGUCAAAGGAUGUCAUCAAUGCUCGCAACGAAGAGUCAGCUGUGAUUUGACUGAACCUUUCUGCCGCAAAUGUAGCUUCAGAGGUCUCGAUUGUAGUGGAUAUAGCAAAACCAGGUAUCGGUUUGCAGAUGAUCUCAUUGCGCAGGGAAAAGCCCCUGGCGGCUUGAGAAUCCACCCUUGGGGUAUCGAGAGCCAUCGUUCUGGCAGUGAGGGUCGGAUGCCGAGGCGCAAAGAGGAUUGGAAAGAUGCGGCGCUGUUAUCCAAAAGAGAACAAGAAUCUCCGCCAACAUUGUCGCGCGAACACCGCGUUCAUCGUCAUGAACACUUGCAGCUCUCAAAUGGCUUGCUUAACGCAAAUGACCAGUGCCUCUUCCGCUGUUUUUCUGAGGAAAUAGCUUCCAAGUUCGUUGUCAUUGACGAUGACUACAACCAAUGGCGCCUCUCGGUCCUUCCGCUCGCUUAUUGUGAUGACCUUGUCAAGUCUGCCGUAUGCGCGGCAUCUGUUUGCUACUUAGCAACACGGGCAGGUCGGCGAAGCACAAAGCCGUAUUCUGCUUAUCAAUGUGUCCUUCAAGGUUUGCGAGAGAAGCAAGAGCUCUUAGCUCACGACACGACAGCCAAACAGGGAAUCUUAGUAGCAUUGCUUCUUCUCCUGGCCACAGCGAUAGUAAACGGUCUCCCUGACUUCCGCAGAAUCUUCCAUCUGAUCGAGGUAUUUCUUAGCAUCACGCAGGAAGACAACAUCCUGGGCACAGGGUCUUUAGGCCCCUUUCUGUGUACUCAGAUCGAGAAAUUCCGUGGAUAUGCCGCUCCUUACUUGAGCCGCCAUCAGGGGUUGGCAAUUCUUCGCUUAACGACUCCGAUCAGACCCUCAAUAUCGAAAGGAUGGGAGGAGUUCACUACCUGCUGCGAGCUGCAUCCCGAGCUUCAUCACGUACUGUCUAACGUCUAUGAUCUCAGCGCUCAAGCUUGCGAGAUGUACAUAACACGACUGAGGCUUGGCGUGCGAACUGGUGACUCUACACAACCACUGCUGAAGUUCCGCGCAACACUUGAAAGCAUACCAGACCACUGCCUUGUUGAUUCUAACACUUUUGUAUUCUCAGUCUUCAUUGCUGCGUGCGAGAGCGUUACCGUUAAAGACCAGAUGUAUUUCUCUAACGUGCUACACAAAAAGUAUGAACGUCUUGGGUUUGCCAACGUGCUUACAGCCCUAAAUUACCUGCAGAUGUACUGGGAUGGUCAGACAUCUCGCGACUGGGUGGAUUUAAUGACAAAGUACGAUGUGUGGAUAUUUUAAUUUUUAGCUACAAGGAGCUGCGCUAAAAAUGUUAGUUAUUACUUUUUGCAAAACGUUAGCUAACGUACACC